AUGGAGUUGAGUAUAGCUAGCCACAAAGGGAAGAAAGAGUCAAUUGUUGACCAAAGGAAAGACAAGGUCUUUGGAAGCAAAAUUGACAAGGGCCCGAAGAAAUCUUCAAAAGAAUCAAUAGCCGUCAACAUUGCCCCAGUCACCUCAGGAGAUGAUGAUAUGAAAUAUAUGGCUAAAGUUCCUUCUGCUAGUGCUGUUUAUAGCUUGAUGUAUUGUAUGGAUAAGGCGAGUCAGUGUGUUGUUGGAUAUGUGGACUCUGAUUUCGCAGGUGAUUUGGAUAAGUGCCGAUAUACUACAGCUUAUGUGUUUACUCUUGCUAGUGGACCGGUGAGUUGGAAGUCGAAUUUGCAAUCUAAAAUUGCUUUGUCGACUACAGAAGCUGAAUAUAUGGUGGUAACAGAAGGUGCAAAAGAAGCAGUUUGGCUUCGUGAAUUUGAAAUUCCCUACGGGGAUGUCAGAGUGGCGAUUGGUUUUUGA